GCGGGCCCCAGGGGACCGACAUGGCCCAGAAGAGUCUCAGCCCUGCCCUGGAGCCCGAGCACGCCCAGCAGCUGCUGCUCUCCAGCCGGGAGGCCAAGAAGUCCGCCUACUGCCCCUACAGUCGUUUCCCCGUGGGGGCCGCCCUGCUCACCAGGGACGGGAGGAUCUUCUUGGGGUGCAACAUAGAAAAUGCCUGCUACCCACUGGGCGCCUGUGCUGAACGAACCGCCAUCCAGAAGGCCAUCUCAGAAGGGUACAAAGAGUUCAGGGCAAUCGCUAUCUCCAGUGACUUGCAAGAUGAUUUUAUCUCUCCAUGUGGGGCCUGCCGGCAGGUCAUGAGAGAGUUUGGCACUGACUGGGCUGUCUACAUGACCAAGCCGGAUGGCACGUACAUUGUCAGGACAGUCCAGGAGCUGCUGCCUGCCUCCUUUGGGCCCGAGGACCUGCAGAAGAUCCAGUGAGGGAUGGGGAACACCCACCGCCUGGGAGACCCUGGGUUCCCACACGUGCUUAAGGGGACAGCCACCCAGAGAACUUCAUGAAGACGUACUCACAGACCUGGGGACGCCUGCCUAGUGGUCCCCAACCCCACAGGCGCUGGGCAGAGAUGACUUUUCCAAAUUGCACUCAAGCACUGGGGUUUCUACUGAAGUGAUACAGGGUUUCCUUCCAGCCUGGGCCACAGCCCCUCCUUGCAACCCUCCUUGUCCUCCCUAGGACUCAGAGCACCCCGUCCCUCCCUUCCUGUGGGCCCUCUUUCAAAUUCCAGCCAAGUCUGUGCUAUCCUGCUUGGUUCUAUCCUAAGGUUCUAUCCUGCUGUGAGCGACUUUUCUAAUUAUAAACAUUACAGAACAUACUGAUUCGGAA